AUGAGAGCUUUAGCUUACUUUAAGAAGGGCGAUAUCCACUUCGCGGAUGAUCUACCGGAACCAACAAUUAAUAGCGAUGAGGAAGUCUUAAUCGAGGUCUCAUGGGCAGGUAUCUGUGGAACUGACCUACAUGAGUACUCUGAUGGACCAAUCUUUAUGCCGCAAGAUGGCGGAUCGCAUCCGUUAUCAGGUAAGAAAUUACCUCAACCCAUGGGACACGAGAUGUCCGGUAUCGUAUCGAAGAUUGGUUCCAAGGUCACCAAGGUGAAAGUUGGUGAUCAUGUUGUCGUUGAAGCCGGCUGUUCUUGCAUGGACGUCAAGCGUUGGAAGGAAUCCCCUCUCAAAGGUGGUAAGACUUGUUCCGCAUGUGAAAAAGGUUUGGUGAACAUCUGUGCACACGCUUGUUUCACUGGUCUUGGUACUAGUGGUGGUGGUUUCGCCGAAAGAUUGACUGUCUCUCAAGACCACUGUAUUCCUAUUCCAAAGGAUCUACCAUUGGAUGUUGCUGCCUUGGUGGAACCUUUGUCAGUCACUUGGCAUGCCGCUAAGGUCGCUGGUUUCCAAAAAGGUCAAACCGCAUGUGUUCUUGGUGCUGGUCCAAUUGGUCUAGCCACCAUCCUAACUCUCAAGGGCCUCGGUGCAAGCAAGAUUGUUGUUUCCGAAUUGGCCCAGAUCAGAAGAGAUAUGGCCGCCUCAAUGGGUGUUGAAGUCUUCAACCCUGCUGAACACAAGGAUGCUAUUGCUGAACUUCGUAAGAUCCCAGAAGGAGCCACUGGUUUCGACGCAGCUUUUGAUUGUUCCGGUGUGAAAGCCACUUUCAACACUGCUCUUCAUGUCACUACUUUCAGAGGUGUUUCUGUUAACAUCGCCAUUUGGGGGAACAAACCAAUUGAUUAUUACCCAAUGGAUAUCACUUUGCAAGAGAAGAGAUUGACUGGGUCUAUCGGUUACACAGUGCAAGAUUUCAAAGAAGUCGUCGAAGCAAUUCAUACCGGUGAGAUUCCAAUUGAUGAUUGUAGACAAAUGAUUACCGGUAAGCAGAAAUUGGAAGAUGGUUGGGAGAAAGGUUUUGUAGAAUUGAUGAACCAUAAGGAGACUAAUGUCAAGAUCCUGCUGACUCCAAACAACCACAAUGAGCUUAGCACCUAA